CCUCAACCAUCACACCUCUCCCACCGCCGCCGCGUCUUUCAUUGCUCAUGAGAGUAAACACGCUGUUUACGUCUCGCCGAGAGUGUCGGAUAUGUGGAGCGAAAGCAGCCUGAUUUCUAUCACCCUCUUCCACCUUCACUAGUGGCGCCUUCGCUUCCCCGCCAUGGACGACCUUAAGGAGGUGGUGGACCACCUGGAGAGCACGGCUAACCUGUCUCGUGCGAUCGAAGAUGUGGAUAAGGCUAUCGACCUUCUCACAUCGGCACGAGAUAAAAUCACUGCAGCUCAAGAUCCCCAGGCGGCGGUUGUUACGCUGGCGCAACUGAACGGCCCCUUCAAGGAAACAUUGGAAGGCGCGAAGAAAGAUUUGUUGCCUAUUUACCAAACGCUGGGGAGGUACAGCAAAGCUUUGGAUAAGAAAUUCAAAGAGAAGCCUCUCCCCACGGCUGAGAACGACGCCCUUUCCUCCAAACCCUCGCUCAUAAAUCGUGCCAUAGCCAUGCACCUUCUCCGGGAAGGACAGUUCGACGUCGCCUCCAAAUUCGUCGCUGAAGCCACAAAGCACCCCACCGCCCCGGAGCCGACACCAGGGAUUCCCGAUCCGCAUGACGAGGGCUUGACUGAAAAUAGCUUAGGGACGGAUAAGUUCUCUCCUCAGCAGCUCCGCGACCAUUUCGAAACGAUGUAUUCCGUGCUGGCCCGACUGAAGGAGCAUCAUGAUAUCCGCCCCGCUAUCGAGUGGGCUGUACAUCAUAGGAGCGAGCUCGAGGCAAGGGGAAGCAACCUGGAGUUUGAACUUUGUCAACUGAGAUUCAUAGCACUGUUCAAUGGGUGCAUACAAGAGUCGUCCGACACGGUUGGCAUUUCGGAAGCGCCCUCGAGGACUCCUGGGGACGGCCCGCUCCGUGCUUGGGCUUAUGCACGCAGUGCAUUUGGCAGAUUCAUGCCAAGGUAUGCAAGACAGAUACAGAUGCUCAUGGGUGCUAUGUCCUUCUCAAGUAACGUUGGCGAAUCCCCGUAUCGACACCAACUUCUCAGCGAAUCCCAUUGGGAAGCAGUCGCUGCUGCCUUUACACGGGAGUACUGCUCAUGGCUAGGUCUGAGUGCCGAUUCUCCUCUUUACAUUGCUGCAACUGCAGGGGCUAUCGCUCUCCCUACCCUUCUCAAGGUGCAAGGCAUCAUGGCAAGGAAAAAGACCGAAUGGACAACACAGCACGAGCUUCCGGUCGAGAUUCCUCUGCCCCCAUCAUACUAUUAUCAUUCCAUCUUCGUUUGCCCCGUCUCAAAAGAGCAAUCCACCGACCAAAAUCCGCCCAUGAUGAUGCCUUGCGGUCACGUUAUUGCAAAGGAGAGCUUGGAGCAGUUGAGCAAGGGGUCUCGAUUCAAGUGCCCUUACUGUCCGAACGAGUCACACCAGAAGGAUGCGAGGAGAUUGAUAUUAUAGGCUGCAGAUUUCUGUACCAGUCUUUCAGAGACUCGGAAUCACGGGGUUUGCCAUGGCGGCUAGGCGCUUGGGGAAUAUAUUGCAGGGCGUACCUAGGUAACGGAUCUGGUGAGCAUUUGUUCAGCACCCCUCAUGCUUUUUUCUUGGAGUUCUAAUUAGCUUCAUUCCUUUUUCGUUCACAUGGGCAUAGUGAGCGGUCAUUACGGGCGUUGGCUAGCAUGGGAAUUUUUGGGACAGGUGCGCUACCUGCGACCAUUGUGUAUAAACUCUAUCAUAAUGAUCACCGUAUUAACGCGGCUGACUCUACUCCUCCGUUCCUCCGCUGAGAUAUCGAUCCGGAGACCAAACGCUGGAGCGGCCGGAAUAUGCAGCCGUUACCGCCUUAACUGAGCCACUAUUUUAGCGCGAAAUUACAUUAAAUGUCAG